CAGCUCAACUGAACCACCACAGCUCUCUUCAAGGGGAUGUCUUUCAAAUAAGUUUACAAACCUGAGGCAUUGACCCAAGUUCUGCAACUUCCAUCUCCCUCAGUUCAUCUUGAUUGACUUUAAGUUUGUUAAAGAUCUCUUGCUUGAGGAUAAGUGGUGCUUUGUAGAGAAGAGAGGCGCGCAUUGCACCAUCCAAAAUUGGACUGUAGUUUCUCGUCUUAAAGUUGUAAACCCCGACUCGUGAUGGUUGUCCUGUCACUUAGGUUACUAAUGGUAGGAGUUGUAGUAAGUCUGACUUCAGCUGACCCGGCUGGUGAAAUAAUAGAUAAAGAAGACUUUUUGAAGAUCCGUUUGAAAGAGUAUGGCCUUGUUACCCCCAUCAGCACAGAUGCAGAGGGACACUACCUCUCACAUCUCCUCUCAGCCAAUCACAAGCAGCGGGUGAAGCGGGACACUUCGGAAUGGUCGGCGCAAGCUGUGGAGACGCUGUUCUUUAACAUCACUGUUUUUGGCAAGGAAUUCCACCUCCGACUACAUCCCAAUCACCAGUUAGUGGCUCCUGGAGCCGUGGUGGAAUGGCACGAUGAGAUGGAAGCUGAAAACGUGACUGAUAACAGCACCCACUCAGAGAAAAUACUUCGGAGAGAGUUACUGAAAACAGACUGCACUUUUAUUGGGGAGAUCACGGAUGUGCCUGGAGCUUCUGUUGCCAUUAACAACUGUGAUGGGCUGGCUGGUAUGAUUCGCACCGAUUCUGAUGAGUACUUCAUAGAGCCUUUGGAACGAGGAACCCAGGAACAUGAAGAAAGUGGAAGAGUACAUGUGGUGUACCGAAGGUCUGCAGUAUUGCAAGCCCAGUCAGAUAUCUCUUCGGAUCACCAGCCGAUUGAGCCUGGAUUCGAUGUGCCGUGGGUGCUUGACAACAUUGCUAAACAAGUCAACCAGACGGCCAGGAGACGGAGACACGCCGGCGAUGAUGACUACAACAUCGAGGUGCUCCUCGGAGUAGAUGAUUCUGUUGUCCGUUUUCAUGGGAAAGAGCAUGUUCAGAACUAUCUUCUUACCCUCAUGAACAUUGUGAAUGAGAUCUACCAUGAUGAGUCGUUAGGUGUGCACAUUAAUGUUGUUCUUGUGAGGAUGAUCAUGCUUGGAUAUGCCAAGUCUAUCAGUCUCAUUGAACGUGGCAACCCUUCACGAAGUCUGGAGAAUGUGUGCCGCUGGGCAUUCGGGCAGCAAAAGGACAAUCCUGAGCACUCGGAGCAUCAUGAUCACGCCAUCUUCCUAACUCGGCAAGGCUUUGGCCCCACUGGCAUGCAGGGAUAUGCUCCUGUCACUGGGAUGUGCCACCCGGUCCGCAGCUGCACCCUCAAUCAUGAAGAUGGCUUCUCUUCUGCCUUUGUAGUAGCCCAUGAGACAGGACAUGUGCUUGGAAUGGAACAUGAUGGUCAGGGAAACCGUUGUGGAGACGAGACAGCCAUGGGCAGUGUCAUGGCGCCUCUGGUGCAAGCAGCUUUCCAUCGCUACCAUUGGUCUAUGUGCAGUGGGCAAGAACUGAAGAGAUACAUUCAUUCAUAUGACUGCCUUCUGGAUGACCCAUUCAAACAUGACUGGCCCCAGCUUCCUGAACUUCCAGGCAUCAAUUACUCCAUGGAUGAGCAGUGCCGUUUUGAUUUUGGUGUGGGAUACAAAAUCUGUACAUCAUUUCGCACAUUUGAUCCAUGCAAGCAGCUGUGGUGUAGUCAUCCAGAUAACCCAUAUUUCUGCAAAACCAAAAAGGGACCUCCAUUGGAUGGAACUGAAUGUGCACCUGGCAAGUGGUGCUACAAAGGUCAUUGCAUGUGGAAGAAUGCCAACCAAGUGAAGCAAGAUGGGGUCUGGGGUGACUGGAGCAAGUUUGGCUCCUGUUCUCGUUCCUGUGGGACGGGUGUGCGCUUCAGAACCCGCCAGUGCAACAACCCUGUUCCAUCUAACGGAGGUCAGGAUUGUCCAGGGGUGAACUAUGAGUACCAGCUGUGCAACACAGAUGAUUGUCCCAAACACUUUGAGGACUUCAGAGCUCAGCAGUGUCAGCAUCGCAACUCUCACUUUGAAUACCAGAACACCAAACACCACUGGCUUCCCUAUGAGCACCCAGACGCCCACAAAAGGUGUCAUCUUUAUUGCAACUCUAAAGAAACAGGUGAUGUGGCUUACAUGAAGCAGUUGGUGCAUGAUGGGACAAAGUGCUCGUACAAAGACCCGUACAGCAUCUGUGUGCGUGGGGAGUGUGUGAAAGUAGGCUGUGACAGGGAAAUUGGUUCCAAUAAAGUGGAGGAUACAUGUGGAGUCUGUGGGGGUGACAACUCCCACUGCCGAACUCUGAAAGGAACAUUUACCCGAAUGCCCAAGAAAACUGAUUACCUAAAGAUGUUUCUCAUACCCCCUGGGGCUAGACAUGUGAUGAUCCAAGAGCAUGAGGCUUCUCCUCAAAUUCUUGCUAUCAAGAACCAGGCAACGGGACAUUAUAUUCUCAACGGCAAAGGAGAGGAGGCGAGGUCUCGGCGCUUCAUUGAUAUGGGAGUGGAGUGGGAUUACAUUAUGGAGGACAAUGUUGAGACGCUCCACACUGAUGGUCCGCUACACGAUGCAAUUGUUGUUCUGAUUAUACCCAAGGACAAUGAGACAAGAUCUUCGCUAAUGUACAAGUACAUCAUCCAUGAUGACUCUGUGGCCAUAAACAACAAUAAUGUAAUUCAGGAGGACACGUAUGAAUGGGCACUGAAGAGCUGGUCCCAAUGUUCAAAGCCCUGUGCUGGAGGAUUCCAGUACACCAAAUACGGGUGCCGCAAAAAAGGUGACAACAAAAUGGUGCAACGAGGCUACUGCGAUGUUAACAAGAGACCCAAACCUAUUCGCAGAAUGUGUAACCUACAGGAAUGCACUCAACCACAAUGGAUUGCAGAUGACUGGGAACAUUGUACUAAAACUUGCGGGAGUUUGGGAUACCAGAUCCGUACCGUCCGAUGUGUCCAGUUUCUCCAUGAAGGCACAAACCGCUCUAUUCACAGCAAGUACUGCAGUGGGGAAAAGCCUGAGAUCAGACAGCCAUGCAACAGAGCGCCGUGCCCAAGCCAGUGGAGGACCGGGCCCUGGUCGGAGUGCUCAGUGACCUGCGGAGAGGGUGUGGCCCGACGCCUGGUGACAUGCCGGAUUGGAGAUCAAUGCACCGGCGAGAAGCCAGAAUCACACAGAUCCUGCAGGCCAGGAUCUUGCCAUGAUGAGCCAUGUGGAGGAGACAAGUCCAUAUUCUGUCAGAUGGAGGUUCUGGCUCAGUAUUGCUCUAUACCAGGCUACAACAAGCUGUGCUGUGAAUCCUGCAGUAAGAGAAGUGGCACUUUUGCUCCUCUUGUCCAUGAAGCGGCCGAGAUGGAGGAGGGACUUCGCUUCGGUUCAGCCUCCCAGCUUUUGGAGACACUCACGGCCACAAUUAAUGGAACUGUGAAAGUCUCUCACCAGAACCUGCGGGGAUCCUCGUCACAAGGCCGGUUUAACAAGCCAACCCCCACACCUCCACCUCGGAAACCCAAUGCUGAGAACGGCAAGACCCAAAAGCGCCUCAAACCAGGCGUUAGAAAUCUGCCCGCAAUGUCGAUCCAUAGCCUAUGGAAUGAAAACGGUGCUAAAGACCAUAAAGAAAGCUUCCAAGAGAGUCAGUGGCCAACAGCAUUAUCUGAGGUAGAGAGAUGAAGAAUAACGUUUCUUAUUUUUUGGACUCUUUCUCCAUUUUGUCUUGUGUAGAUAUAGACCUUUAACAUUCAUUCUUCCUUCAGAACAAACUUGAUAUGUUGAAAAGUAAGAGAGAGUAAAGUGCUGGUUCACUUUGAAAUGUUCUCAGUUCCCCUGCUAACAAUGUUUGAAUUUAAAACAUGUUUAUCACACGCUGUUGUGAUGAGAAAUGUGCCAAAGUGUCUUCUCGACAGUUGUAUGGGGGUUCAGUGAGCUUACAUAAAGAGACUCCGGUGGUAGGCCUGCUUGUUAGAAAACGGUUGUAGCUACGUAUAUAAAACCUCAAAAUCCUAACGUCUUUAUUUUUAUCAGCUCCUUACUUGAAUUUGAUCGACCAAUAAAUAUUUAUGAACGUUCUUGUAAAUACUGUAUAUGGAAAAUGACAGUAUUAUUUUUUCACAAACAAGCUGAGGAUUUUGAAAAUAUGGAAGUCAGGAGCAUAAAUGGUGCUUUUUAUAGAACACAUUAAUUGUUAAUAUUAAUCAUGCAUACAUAUAAUAAUAUACAACCAGUCAUGAGUGAAGCACUGAAGAAUAUGUAUUUCAUGUGCCAGUCCCAGGAAACAAUCCAGCAGUAGACUAUACAUCAGCAAAAUAGCCAUCAAAAGUGUUUCAUUUAUUAAUCCAUCUCUCAGCAUCAAACACAAUUGUUCUUAAACAUAAAUUUCACUUUUUUCCCGAAACGUCUUCUUUUCUUUCCCAUACAGCGUUCAGGCAUCCCUUUGAUAUUCUUCUUUUUUUCUUGUGUCUUAUCGAACUCUCCUCUUACUUUGUUCCAAAUUGAGUUUCAACUUUGUGCCAGCAGUGGCUUUAUCAGUAAUGCAAGAGACCCAACAAGUGUAUUGUGAGAUGAAUCAAAUGUUUAAGGCAAGAUUUUGAAGGAGUAAAGCUGGACUUUCUUAAGAUCUAAAGAUAUAUCGUGAGACACACGUGAGAUAUCUCGCUUGUUGAAGGGAAAAAAAGCUAUUUAUUUUUUAUAAAAGAGGGUUAUAUCUCAACCACAAUGCAUCUGACUGCAAUACCAAGGGAAUCAGUUAAUCUAUCAGUGGAGUUUCAGCAGUCUAAAACCAUACACACGUUUGUCUGUGUAGUACUGUAUAGCUAUUGUAUAUACCAUUGAGAACUUUAGAGUAUUUAUUGAGAUUUCAAAAGUCAUGUUUAAUGUGCAAAUCUGUUAUUUCAGACCAAAAUAUUUUCAAACACCAAGUCAAUUUUAAAGCAUAGACUAGAGCUUCCGUUGAAUAGCAAAAGUAGCUCUUAAAUCAUAAUAAAAAAAAUUCUAGACCUAUGAAUAGCUUUUUUAAAUUUGCCUUUUUGUCGUUCUUUGAACUGAAUUUUAAAUACAAUAAUAACUCACAUGCUCAGAUUUUGAGAUGUUAUAAUAAGAGAAAUCUGUUUCACAGCAGUUUUAGUAUAGACAUAUUAGAACGAAAUCUCACACAAAGCUGUCAAAUACAGCGGUUCACCCCAAUCCUACACGAAACUGUGUUUUACAGUUAAUUUAUAGCUAAUAAUAAAAUGACAACAUGAUUGUGGGUUUUCUAGAAUAGCCAGUAUCUAGAUUCAGGUUGUAUCAAUAGUCUUUGUGAACAUCGUUCAGCAGAUGAGGUUCAUGAGCAACACGGAUUCAAGUUAUUGCUGUUAACAUUCAAUGCAAAAUCAAACUCAAUGUAAAACUUGUCAAUGAGAUAUUUGCUGCUAAUAUGAUCAACAAGCUUUCAGAGACCCAAAAGAAAACAAGUGCUAGUAGAUGGUACAUUGACAAUCCCUGAGCCACAAACAGAUACAAUAUCUAACAUAAUGUGUAUUUCUCCCACAAUUUAUAAUUUUUUCCGACUCAUAAAGUCAUGUUCAGUUGCUAACCGUCAUGUCUCUUUGUUUUAACUUGUACUUUUGUUAGUUUGUAAUGAAAGUGUACACUACUGAGGCUGUUUGUUGUAAUGGGGAGCACAUAGCAAUAAAGAAAGUAAUA